AUGGACGGACUGAUCGUUCUCGGCGCGAGCGGGCGGCCGAUCGUCCUGUCGCGCUUCCGGAAUCGGCAUGCAGUGUACCCCUUGCUGCAUGUCGACUAUCUGAAUAGUGUGCUGCGCAAGGCGCGCGCGUCUGGGAGCGAGCGCGACGUGCCGCCGGUGCUCGUCGUGCCGGUCGCGGAAGACGUGCUGCGGGCCGAGGAGAGCGAGGAGAGCGAGGAGAGCGAGGAGGAGAGCGAAGAGGAGAGUGGGGAGGAGAGCGCAGCGAGCGAGAGCAGCAAAGAUAUGCCCAACGUAUGGACGGCCGACGCGCCGGCCGACGCACCCCCGGCCCCGGCCGACGAUACCCACGAAGGCGGCGCGGUGCUGUGCCAUAUCAAGGUCGGCGAGCUGCGUUUCCUAUGCCCUGUGUCGCGUGAGGUCGACCCGCUUGUCCCGCUCGAGUUCCUGCACAGGGUCGUCGACGUCCUGCAGUCGUACCUGGCGGCAUCGUCGGACCCUGCGCUGAUGACCGAGGAGCUGAUUUGCGACCACUUUGACACAGUGUACGAGCUGCUGGAGGAGAUGCUCGACGGCGACGGAAACGUGCUCAUCACCGAGACGAACGCGCUGAAGGAUAUCGUGCUGCCCCCCAGCUGGCUCGACCGCCUCGUGAGCACGGUCGGCCUGGGCAGCGCGUCGGAGCAGUCGCGCUCGGCGCUCACUUCGCAGGUCCCGUGGCGCAGGCCCAACAGCAAGUACGCCAAGAACGAGUUCUACCUCGACUUUGUAGAGUGCCUCGAGGGCAUCGUGAACGCCGCGGGCAAGCCUGUCGCGCUCGAGCUCGCAGGACGCAUCGACGGCACGGCCUGGCUCAGCGGCGUGCCGGAGCUCACCGUGCCGCUCACCAAGCCGGAGCUCGUCCAGGACGCGGCGUGGCACGCGUGCGUGCGCCAGAAAAAGUGGUCGUCCGCGUCGGUGCUCAACUUCCUGCCCCCGGACGGCCCGUUCGAGCUGGGGACGUACCGCAUCGCGACCAAGCUCACCGGCGACGCGGCGCCGGCGCUGGGGCACUCGGCCCUGUCCAGCGCAGAUACCACCCUGCCGCUCGCGCUCGACGUCCAGCUCGACGACUGGGACGCGGCACUCGGUACGCACGCAUUCAGCAUCACGAUCGAGUCCAAGCUCGGCGCGCCGCGUGCGCUCACCGACCUCGUCGUCGAGUGGCAGCUCGGCGAGCGCGCACAAGGCCUCGACGCCGCGGUGCGUGACUACGGCAUGCCGUCGACGGCGCACAGCGUGAGCCAUACAAGCAGCGCGUCCGAGCUCAGUGCCACACAGUCCGGGUCGGUCGUGUUUGACCGCCGCCGUCACCUGCUACGCUGGACGACGCCGACGCUGGCCGCGGGCGCGUGCACAAAACUCCAGGGGACGAUCCUCGCGCAUGGCGCACCCACCCGGCCGCUGUACGCACUCCAGGUCAAAUUCACUGUACUGGGCCACUCGCUCUCGGGACUACGGGCAAAAGAGAUCCAGAUGGAUCACGUCAACUACGCGCCGACCAAAGGCGUUCGCAACGUCCUCAGCGGCGCUUUGGAGUGGCGCCGGACAUAG